UGCAUCCUAAAUCAUCACAAUUCAAAUAUUUCUUUCUCAUCCGAUCCUUUGACAUCAUUGAUUAGUAUUUUUUUUGUGAAACAUAAAAAAAACAAUGGGUUUCCGCAUAACAAGUAUUAUUAGAAGGGCAUCAUUUUCCAAAACCCAAGUAUCUACCAAGGGAUUUGAAAUCCCAAAAGGCUAUCUCGCAGUGUAUGUUGGAGAUAAAAUGAAGCGAUUCGUGAUUCCUGUAUCACACUUGAAUCAACCAUUAUUUCAAGAAUUACUACAUCAAGCUGAACAAGAAUUUGGAUAUAAUCAUCCAAUGGGUGGUCUCACAAUUCUAAGCAGUGAAGAUGAAUUUCUAAACCUCACUUCUCUAUUGAAUGAACUGUAAAUCAUGCUAAUGGAGAUUUAGAUAGAUUAACCAAAUUUGUACAGAAAACAUUUUCUUCAAUUAUGAAGAGUUUUCAAUUUGUUUGUUCCAUGUACAUCAUUCCUAGGGAAAUAAAAAAUGUUUCCUGAAUGAGAAUGUUAUCACACAAUGAAUUCUAAUAUUAUCUAUAUUUUUGCCA